AUUGGGAUUUUUUACAGAUUAGGUUCUUCUUCUCUCUUCGUUUCUCCUUCCCCGGCCGCUAAACGCUACUUCAGUGCAUUCCUUUGCUAAGGUUUUCUCCAAUCUCUGUUUUCUUUCUCUCUAUAACCCUUUCUCUGAGCAGUGUACACAGAUCAGAGCCCGAAUCUUGCCCCCAUGGAUAUACAGUUGUUCUAAGGGUUUUUUGUUUCGGCGGGGUUGGGGGGUUUGCUUAUCUGAAAGCUGAGGGUUUUCGUUGAGGGGAAUGGCGGAUUUGAACCCCUUUGAUUUGUUGGGUGAUGAUGAUACCGAUGACCCGUCGCAGCUGGUUGCGGCUCAGCAGCAGAAGGCCGCGCCGGUAAAGGAAGCCCUAGCUCAGGCGGCUAAGCAACAGGGAAAGCUCCCUUCCAAGCCUCUUCCCCCAGCUCAGGCUGUCAGAGAGGCAAGAACUGAACCUGCCCGUGGAGGAGGCCGUUUUGGUGGUGGAAGAGGGCGUGGCCGUGGUCGUGGUGGAUUUGACAGGGAAGCAUCAAACAACGGGGGUUCUUUUGGCAACAGAGAAUAUUCUGGUGGUUUUGCUAGACCUGGAGAAGGGGGAGAUUUUGGGAGACCUUCGGAGAGGCGUGGUGGCUAUGGUGGUGGUCGUGGACCUUUCCGUGGUGGGGGUCGCAGAGGUGGUUAUAGCAAUGGUGAUGUGGCUGAUGGAGAGCAGCCUAGGAGGGCCUACUAUGAUCACCGCAAUGAAACUGGCCAUGGAAAUGCAGGUGGCGCUGGGCUGGGAAACUGGGGAACUCAAGCAGAUGAACUUGCUCCACUGACUGAAGGAGUUGAUGAAGGCGAGAAAAAUAAAAACGUCGAGAAGCCAUCGAAUGAAGACGAAUUAACAGAUGCAAACAAGGAAAGUCCUGCUACUGACACUGUGGAAAAGAAGCCUGAAGAUAAGGAGAUGACUCUUGAGGAGUAUGAGAAGGUGCUGGAGGAAAAGAGAAAGGCAUUGCAGGUGCUUAAAACCGAGGAAAGGAAGGUUGAUGCCAAGGAGUUUGAAUCCAUGCAGCAGAUUUCCAAGAAAACUAGUGAUGACAUCUUCAUAAAAUUGGGGUCUGAGGAUAAGAAGAGAAGAGAGUCUGCAGAGAAGACCAAAAAGUCUGUCAGCAUUAACGAAUUCUUGAAGCCUGCUGAGGGUGAGAGGUACUCCGGUUCUGGCGGUCGUGGCCGUGGCCGUGGGCGCGAUAGAGUUGGUUACAGUGGAGGAAAGACGAUGAGCUUCAUGGAGGCUCAGGCGCCUUCCAUUGAAGAUCCAGGGCAGUUCCCAACCUUAGGUGGCAAGUGAGAUGGUUCACUAGAAUAAUAUAAUAGACUGAAAGUUAUGAGAAAAGGUUCCUGAAAUUUACACUUGAAGAUGUAAAUUUCUUGUUCCUUAAUGUUAUCCCAGACCCCCCACCCCCACCUAUCCUAUCCAGCCUCCUUUCAUCUAAUGUGAUGCUACCUCUAUUACUGUUUUGGUUUUGGCCAUAUGACACAACUCAUAACUAUGUUGCUUGUCAGUUUUGUUUUUUUAGAUGGAAUAGUGAGGUCUUAAUCUUCCCCUUAUA